AAGAAGAAAUGGAGAAAAAAGAGGUAAAAAGUGAGUUAAUAAUUGAGAGAGAAUUAGAUGAAUUAAGAGAUAGUUUUAGAAGUGGGAAAACAAGAGAAGCAUCUUGGAGAAGGUCUCAGCUCAAACAAAUACUCUCUUUUUUGCAAGACAAAGAACAAGACAUACUUCAUGCCCUUCAACAAGACCUUUCCAAACAUCCAGCCGAAUCCUUUCGAGACGAGAUUGGAACAUCAAUUAAAUCAGUAAACUAUGCACUUGAAGGCUUAAACAAAUGGAUGUCACCCAAUAAGGCAAAGAUGCCUUUAGCUGCGUUUCCUUCAACAGCAGAAGUAGUUCCCGAGCCACUUGGUCUUGUCCUAAUCAUUUCUUCAUGGAACUUCCCUUUCGGUUUGUCGCUAGAGCCGUUGAUAGGGGCAAUAGCGUCGGGAAAUGUCGUUGUUUUGAAGCCAUCGGAACUUGCACCGUCUUCUUCGUCGGUUCUGGCAAAGAUGGUCGGUACUUAUUUGGAUAAGACGGCUAUUAGGAUCAUGGAAGGCGGAUCUUCGGUUGGAGAACUUCUCUUGCAGCAAAAAUGGGACAAGAUCUUCUUCACAGGUAGUGCCCGGGUGGGACGUAUUGUUAUGUUGGCGGCUGUGAAGAAUUUAACGCCUGUCAUACUCGAGUUGGGUGGAAAGUGUCCCGCCGUGGUUGAUUCUCUUCCGUGUUCUAACAAAAAGAUGGCGGUUAAACGGAUCCUAUCCGGGAAAUUUGGAGUUUGCGCGGGUCAGGCAUGCCUAGCGAUUGAUUACAUACUCACCGAGAAACGAUUUGUGUCUACUUUGUUAGAAGAGAUGAAGGUCUUACUCAAAGAACAAUAUGGGGACAAUCCGAUGGAAACCAAAUCAGUAGCAAGAAUAAUCAACAAGCAACAUUUCUCGAGGUUUGAGGAUCUUCUUCACGACCCGUCGAUCAAAGAUUCCAUCGUGCAUGGUGGUUCCUUUGACAAAGAUGGACUGUUCAUUGAGCCCACUAUUUUGAUCGAUCCGCCGCUUAAGUCAUCAAUCAUGACAGAAGAGAUUUUCGGUCCAUUGCUUCCGAUAAUAACUCUUGAGAGAAUCGAAGACAGUGUAGAGUUUAUAAAGUCUAGAUCAAAUCCGCUAGCUAUAUACGCAUUCACACACGACAAAACGCUUCAAAACAGGCUGAUAAACGAGACUUCAUCGGGGAGCUUGGUGUUCAAUGACACAAUUGUCCAAUAUGCGAUUGAUACUGUUCCGUUUGGAGGGGUGGGGGAAAGUGGAUUCGGGAAAUACCACGGGAAGUUCUCUUUCGACGCGUUCACACACGAAAAGGUCAUAGUAAGAAGAAGCUAUCUGAUUGAUUUCUGGUUCAGAUAUCCUCCAUGGGACUACAAGAAGAUGCAACUAUUCAAAGCAGGUUACCGUUAUGAUUAUCUCAAUAUAGCUCUAAUAGCUCUUGGCUUCAAGAAGUCUUACUGAUG